GUGACGGAGACGGAAACUCCGCUCGGUAUUAUGCUUCCUCUGCCAUCGCCGUCGUUAGCCUGUCUGGGUGGGACGUUUCUACGGGCAGCAGAUAAAGAGGUGACAGCGGGGCUGAGAUAAUACCUUGACACCUUACUAAUUACUAUGAGUCUGCUACAUAGUAACACCUGCUUUGAAACCAGUGAUCAAGAGACUGGCUGCUGUGCAGCCAUGGCCAGUGCCUGCAGCUCUGGAGCCAAAGAAGAGAGCGUUGUUGGCAGUGUCAGCAAUGGCACUGGUGGAACACUUUCAAACUCUUUGAUAGAAGAGACUCAGGGCUACGAUGUGGAGUUUGAUCCCCCACUGGAAAGCAAAUAUGAAUGUCCUAUUUGUUUAAUGGCUCUGCGAGAAGCAGUACAAACACGAUGUGGACACCGUUUCUGUAAAGCUUGCAUUGUCAAAUCCAUAAGAGAUGCUGGUCAGAAAUGUCCAAUAGACAAUGAAAUCUUACUAGAAAAUCAGCUGUUUCCUGACAACUUUGCCAAACGUGAAAUUCUCUCAUUGAGGGUGAAAUGUCCUAACAAGGGUUGUGAUCAGAAGAUGGAACUAAGACAACUAGAGGACCAUCAGCUGCAUUGUGGCUUUGCUUCAGAAGAAUGUCCUCAAUGCCAGGGUUGUUUCCAAAAGAAUCAGCUACAAGAACACAUAAUGCUAGAAUGUCCAAGGCGGCAAGUCACUUGUCCAAACUGUGUCAUGAAUAUGGCAUAUGAAGAUAAAGAGCUUCAUGAUCAGAAGUGCCCCUUGGCAAGUGUUUUCUGUGAAUACUGCAAUACAGAACUAAUCAGAGAGCAGUUGCAUAAUCACUAUGACAAUGACUGCCCUACUGCUCCAGUACCAUGCACUUAUAAUGCUUUUGGAUGUCCAGAAAAAAUGCAAAGGAAUGAGUUGGCACGCCAUAUGCAAGAAUUCACUCAGGUUCAUAUGAGAAUGAUGGCUCAACAUCUCCGGAGUAUCAGCGCUGCUACCCCAUCUCCCAUGUCUUUCCUUGGAAGAUUACCUUUUGACCCAUCACUUUUCUCUCAAGCCAUGCCAGCCCAAUGUGAAUGUAGCCCUGAAGUCCAGAACUUCAAGGAGACCAUUCAGCAGCUGGAAGGUCGCUUGGUAAGACAAGAUCACCAAAUCCGGGAACUGAUUGCUAAGAUGGAGACACAGAGCACACACAUGGGGAAUCUCAAGCGCACCAUUCGAAAUCUGGAAGAAAAAAUUACUGAAAUCGAAGCACAGCAGUGUAAUGGUAUUUUCAUCUGGAAGAUUGAGAACUUCAGUAUGUAUUUAAAAGCCCAAGAAGAAGAGAGGCCUGUUGUUAUCCACAGCCCAGGCUUCUACACAGGAAAACCUGGCUAUAAGCUUUGUUUGCGGCUGCAUAUUCAGUUGCCAAAUGCUCAGCGCUGCGCUAACUAUAUUUCCCUUUUUGUUCAUACUAUGAAAGGAGAGCAUGAUAGCCAUCUGUCUUGGCCAUUCCAAGGCACCAUACGACUUUCCAUUCUGGAUCAGUCAGAAGGUUCUCCAAGACACAACUAUGAAGAAGUGAUGGAUACCAAGCCCGAGCUCUUAGCCUUCCAGCGGCCAACAGUCUAUCGCAACCCAAAGGGCUUUGGAUAUUUGACUUUCAUGCAUUUGCAGUCACUAAAACAAAGAACAUAUGUGAAAGAUGAUAUUCUCUUGGUACGCUGUGAGGUGGUGACACGGCUAGACUUAACUAGUCUCCGAAGAGAGGGUUUUCAGCCUCGUAGUACUGAUGGGACUGUGUAGUCCUUUGUGCCUUUAAGCUGUUUGCUGUUUAAUGGGAAACCUGCAGGUGGAUAAAAGGAUUUGUGAGAAUCACUUUUUGAGAGCAAAACCAAAACUGCCAUUCUGAGAGGACUGUGUGGUUUUCAGGGAAUGGAAAGUAUUUUCACUUAGGAAAACAGAAGUAUCAAAAUUAGUAUGCAUUCUCUUGAUCUUAAUAAGUGAGGUAAAUAGCUCAUGGCAACCUUACUGAAAGCUGACACUUGUUCACAAGUAUGCAUUAAAAUAGUACCAUUUCUAGUGUGGUGGUAAGAAUGGUGAAAUUGUACUUUGUAUAUUAUGUGUACUUGUAGUGAGGCCUACAGACCUUAAAACCAUCACCUCACGUGCACACUGGAGUCUUAUGGAGGAGCUGAAUUAUUUGAAUACUUAAGUUGGCAGCUUGUUCUGGGUUUUUUUUAAAGGAGAGACUACAUUUUGUGUUAGGUAGGUUACUGAAAUGCCAGUUUGGUUCAGUGAUUAAAUGCAUAGACUCUCAGCUGGGAGAACUGGGUUUGAUUCCCCACUCCUUCACAUGAAACUGCCGGAGUGACCUUGGGUCAGUCAUAACUGUCUCAGAGCUGUUCCUCAAGAACAUUUUCUGUCAGAGCUCUCUCAGCUCCACCUACCUCACAGGGUUUCUGUUGUGGGGAGGGGAAGAAGAAAGAGAUUGUAAGCCGCUCUGAGGCUCCAAGUGAAGGGCGGGGUAUAAAUCCAAUCUCAUCUUUUUCUAAAUAAGCUUUCAGAGUGUCAUAGCAGACAUGGAACUGGUAAGUGUUCUUUAGAAGCUUCAGCAGGAAAGUUAGUGCUCUGUAUGCCUUGCGUCCUUUUGCAAAUCUGAAAUAAGUUUUAAGCUUUUAAUUUGCAGGUGCACUUGGCCACUUUCCUUCCCAGGAAAUUAAAUAUUUUCAACAGCUGCUAGUCUGGUAGAAGACAGUACUGUUCCAGAAAAUCUUAAUGACUCAAUGGUGAUGUCAGAUGAGAUCUCUGGAUAUUGCUAUAUCUACCCAUUUGCCAUUCCAUACAUCUAUAUGUCAUUUUUGUUAUUCCAUUCUAUCACAUAUUUUGUCCAGUUCUAUUUUUGCAUUUGUAGGGAUUGUUUCAGCCUUGAUAGGUUCCAUUUGAAUUAAAGUAUCAUUAGAUGCCAUAGAUAAAUAGAAUGGAUUUUCCCCUCUUUUUAUUAAUACUUAACUAGUACCUGUGUCCGCAGUAUCUUCAAUUAAUUUCCUUGGAGAUGUACAAAAUAUGUCUUUGAUCUUAAAAGUCUCAGUGGAUGUCACGCACACAAACAUAUUUGGCAUCCUGAUGUAUUUACAGUCAAGAAGGUUGCAUAUGAGCUUAUCCUGUGGGACAAGAAAGCUUUUUUGGUCCAUAGUGCUGAUCUUUUCAUAGUGAUCAGUCUGGAAAGGUGCUAAAUUGGUGCAUAAUUCUAUAAUCAUUGAUAACUGGCCUGGAGAUCAUGCAGUUUUAAAAAAGCUGUAUUAUGUGUUUUAAAGAUAGCUUCUGCUCAAAAUUUAUUGGUGCUAGAAUAAUUUGGAACUAACUGUAUGACUCUAAACUACAGCUAAAUGCCAUGAACACAAAAAUCUCUAAAUGCACAACCAUGGUUAUAGAUUAUUCAGAAUGAGGAAUAAUUGUUUGGCUCCCUCACCUAGGAAAGUAUAAUAGAUCAUUAUGUUUUAGUAUGACUGGUACUGUGCAGAGGGCCCAACAAAAGUAGUGGAAGGCAUCCAUCAUCACCCCUCCAAGUUUUUGCACUGCUGCAAGUGAAUUUACAGUGGUAGUAUGUUCUGCCACUGUGAACUUUCUUUGGUGUUUGGCCCUGCAAAACUGAUCCAUGCAAAUAGAGAAAAUCUCUAAAACAAAUGAGGCACAGUGUAUUUGUUAACACCCAAAGGAAAACAAUGAGAAAUUUUUCAGACACCCAUCAAAACAUUGUUUAAGGGGUGGGGGGACUACUUAAAAUGGGAAUUGAUGGUAGGCUUAUGAGAAGCCCAGAAGUUUAGCCAAAUUCCUUUCUCUGCAAUUUGGAUAAAAUGAAUGGAGAAAACCCUUUUUCAGUUGAAAACAUUCCAAGCUUUUUGGCAGAGAAGUGAGGUUUUCUUAAGCCCAAAUAACAUCAGAAUAUAUUCACUGUUACAUGUUGUAUGAGCACAUACUUAUAAAAGAUAAGAUAAUUUUUACUAGUAAAUUUGAUGAUUUCCAAAUGUUGUAUUUUGUUUUCUUCACCCUAAGCAUGACUGUUUGCUACAGAAUUUAUUCUCAACAUUUUUUAAGAAGAUAUUAUUUUUUGAGAAUAAAGUCUAACUUUUGAGGUAUUUUCCAAACCUUUUUGCUUUCCUAUAUUGUAAACUGUAUAAUUUUAACAGCCAUUUGUGAAUAAAAGCACUUCUCAAGUA